AUGCCUGUAUUGUUGCUUUCAGAGAAUUCACAGAGGUCCCUCAAAGGAGGAGUGAACUUGACAAAAUCCCUCAUUGCCCAGAGGAAUCUGCAUUUGUCAGUGGAGAAAGAGACCCUGGAGAGUAUAUCCCAAGCUUUGACUUCUCUCCAGAUCCUCCGACUAGACAGGGAGAGAAUUAGCUGCAUUGACAACCUGCAAGGUUUAGAACAGAUCCACAGCAUCUAUUUGCAACAGAACCAAAUAGAGAAAAUUGAAAACUUAAGCUACUUUCCCAACUUGAAAUUCCUGUCAUUAGCUGGGAACCACAUCAGCAGAGUGGAGAACCUCCAGCCUCUCCUAAAGCUGCAGUUUCUGGAUCUCUCCCAGAACUGCAUUGAGACUCUGGACACAGAUGAGCUGCCCCAGAGCCUCGUGGUCCUUGACCUGACAAGAAAUAAAUGCGCGCAACGGAACGGCUACAGGGAGCGUGUGUUGGCAGCCCUGCCCCAUCUGAUAGAACUGGAUACCCAGGGUGUCCCGAAUCGGAAAGCUCCUGCCCAAAACAGGAAAGAGGAGGACGACGGUUCAGAAGACAGCGAUUAUGAUGACUGGCCUGAACUGUCUCAUCCUCUGAGCUCAGAAAAAGACUUCUUUGUUGACCUCCACAAUGAGUUUACCAGCCGCUCAGCCCGGAGGAGAGAGGAGGCAAUGAAGGAGCAUGAGGCCCGUCUGGAGGAGCUGAAGCAACAACAGAAACUGAGGCAGCUGGUGUUUAACACAAACCAAGGUAGUCCCGAGGCGCUGAGUGUAUCAGAACUAACAACCCCAGCCCUGGAGGAUGACACGCUCCACACUGUGCACCACGCCGCUUCGAACCCACUCCUAAAAACAACAAAUCCAACUUUUCGUACAGGGCCAAGUACUCCAAAGGAAAAGUCUGGGGGCACCAGCCAGGCCCAGCUGAAAAUCUCAAAAGGAGAGGCGUCAAGCACAGCUAAAACUGCAAGCAGGAGAGUAAAGAAAUGAUAAUUGCAUCAUUAAAAAACCCAUCAACUUUGUAUAAGCUUUAUAUUCCCUCAAACGCAACACAAUGCUUCCUUGAAUCUAACAGGCAGGUGGGUUGUUGUCCAUCUACUUUUCUAAACAUGCAAGGACACCUUGAGGGGUGAGGAAGGAAGCUUACCAGUCAGGAACAGCUCUGGUAUGGUCACGGCCAUAAUUUUUAGGCAGCACUUCCUUUCAGCAAAGGGUAGAGAUCUUGAAGCGAACUGCAAGAACUCAGGCCACUGGGCUGCUCCCUUUCUAUUGAAAUGGAGGGAGGUUUCCUGUAACUGUUGAAGCUCUGCACUACAAAUAUUCAUCAGAUGAAACCUCAUUUAAACUAAUAGCUACCUGGAGCUUGGCAAAUGCACUCACUCCCAAAACUGGAUCAUGAAGUCAAGGUCUGAAAUUGGUAGUUUAUAAAUGUCCUUUUAAAAAAAAAGACUGCAUCAACUCUAGUCUUCACAAUCUAGCAAAUUGCAUGUGAGUGCUAGAUGCAGGCUGGAGGAUCAUAGCAUCAGUUCUCAGACAGGCUUGGGAUGGGAUCUUAUGCUGCUGUUUAGAAGGCAGCUCUGUUCUUAGUCAUCUUGCCAGCAGGGAACAGCAGCAAAAUAUAUUUGCUUGAAAGUCAGAAUUGCAGCAGCAGGACUAGAAGACAGCAAGAGAUUCUCCUUGGUCCUUUGAAGUUCUCAGAGCUGGAAAAGGGAAACAGGAACACACACACAUCACAGAUAUUCUGCUGUGUUGUAUCCAUAAUAAUAAACUAGAAAUCUCACCUGC